ACAUCAAUGUGGACGAUUCGGGAUUUUCAGUUAAACUGCCGCUCAUGUACAUAUUGGGGAAGUGCCGGCUGUUCGUUUCUGGAAGCCGUCUUGGCAAUUAGCGAUGAAUUGUGAAAUGCUUGGGAUACCAAAUCAACAAUUUAUGCUUUUCGUAUGAUCAAAACGGUUUGAUGGAAAAUUUGAAUAUGUCUGCAGUGAUUAACAACCAAGGACAGCAUUUCUUGACUGAAUGGACAACGGAUGUUGCUCGUGCAGGGGUAAUAUUGAAUGCUCCGUUUUGUUUUAAUAGUACUGACUCAACUCCGGAAUGUAGAAGUGUAAACGACUCAUUCAGUACACAGUUUGUUCCACUUCAGUUCUCAAACAACAGCAGUUGCAUCAGCAUAGAUUCUCUUCAUGAUGAACCUCUUUUGAAUGUAGACAUGCCAAAUGGAACGAUACAAACUGCUUUUGAUGUCAAUAGUUCGUUGAUUUCAGGUCUUCAUUCAAAUGUAAUGCAGUGCACUUCUUCAUCCCAAUGUGGCUCAUUAUUACAGUACAAUGAAGCAAUGAAGCAUACUGAAGAGAAGAUCAUCUGCAAUAAUGCUGUCAUGCAAAAACUUGAACAGUUAAGAGAAUGGCAACAGGAAAGACAAGAGCAACUAAAGAAGCAACAUCAGGAGCAGCUUCAGCGACUGGUGCAUGAGCAACAGACACUACUUGGUCUUAUUGGUACACAACAAGGAAUUGCGGGAACGUCAAGUAAAUUGCAAAAUAUGGAAGAACAACAUCCCGUUAAAGCUGUCGAGCAAAGCCCAGAGCAUACUAAGCAAGAGAGUGAUGUUCUUGAGGGUGAGAACGAAGUCCAGGAUGAACCAAAUUCAGGAUGCUCAUUUUCAGAUGAACCUUCAGACACACAUCAAGGAAAUAAAGAUUGUACAAGUAUAUCUUUCUUUCCAUCUCCAUCUGAAAAGCUUGAUCAUAAAGAUCCUCUAUCCUUUACAGCUUUAGAGGAAAGGCCAAUUAAACCAGGAGUAGGUAUAAGGAAGGAAACUUAUGAAGAAUACUUGGAGAAGCAGAUGCAAAUGGAAGAAGAGAGGUUAAAACAACAGCAACUUAAAUUGAAUCAGCCACAGGACAAAGGCCAUCAAAAGAGGAAGUUUCUAAAGUGUGGCGAAGGCCUAGCAAGAUUCUCAAAAGUUAAUUCAAGAUGUUUGACAUCCAAGAAAAUAAUUGAUAAGGAAUCAAACAUAACGAAUCAACCGGCAGCAAGUUCUCAAAGUUCAGUGAGCACAACACAUCAAAAAUUGCAGUGCAAAUUUACAACGUUAAACAAAGAAAACCAUUUCAGAAGCUCAGCUGGGCUCAUCAACAAUCCAGCAGCAAAUAAUAAAGGAAAGAACAACUCUGCUUUGCGUGUUAAAAGGUUAACUGUUUUGGAUAAUUGUAAAGGAGAAAAUUCCUCCCAGUCACCUCUGAAAAUGCAGGCUGACAGAAAAAAAACUACAUUAGUUGGUAAAAUUCAAAAUAUCCCUAAAACUAUUAAAACUGAGUGUGCAAACAUGGUUCAGAAAUACGAACAGAGUGCAUCAAAACAAACUGGACAGAGCACUGUCACUUCACAUAGACCAAUAGCAGUUCAUAAUGGUGAGAAAUUUCAGACAAAUGAACAUGUUGUUCCUACACGUCCAAGUAAUAAAGAAGCAACUGGGCAUGAACAUACACUUGAAACAUCAUUUCAGAAAAAUUUGGAGAAGUGGAACAAGGAAAAAGAGAGAGAAAAUAUAGAAUUGAAUGAAUUUGAAUUUCUGGAAGAGGCGGCUGAAGAACUUUCCUUCUCUAGCAAUUCUUCCUUUGUACAAAAAAUGAUACAGGGUAACUGGCAGAACAAUGAAUGUCGUAGAUUGUCAUCUACCCCAAUCAAAUCUGACCAACACAAAACCGUUGAAAAUUCAAGUGAGCCAGUGAAUCGUGGGAAUACAGAUUUCGAGGAAGAUGUUAAUCUUAAAAGUCAUAAUAUUUUAGAAUAUAGGAAUAGGGUAAAAGAAAAUGGGGAAACUGUUAUUGGCUUACAAACCAGUGAUAAAGUAGCAUUCAAAACUGUUGACUGUGAUCCUUUAGAGGAUGAAUGUAGCAGUUGUAAUACCACUUUGGAUUCUGAACUUGAUGACCUUGAUUCCACACUGACGAAUGAAAAAACAAUGAGGAAACAGUCUGUGAUCUGCAGCAGUGACAAAGAAGAUGAUCCUAAAUGUAAAUGUGGAAAAAAGCCAACAGAUAUUCUCAGUAAAGACAAGAAUAUGGAUACAGAUCUUGACUUGUCCUCCUCCUCAUCAUCUGAUGUUGAUAUUGAAAUGCCUACUGUAAUAGAAAACAAGAAGAUUUUGUUGAGCCAGAAACAAGAUUCAUCUCUCUCCAAUUCGAGAUGCAAAAUCAGUUCAACUUUCCAUCAAGAACAUGUUGAUUUUGAUGAUGAACAAACAUGGGCUGACCUAGAUGAAAGUGGAUUAAUUAACCACGAAGAUAACUCAGCAAAGUCUGUUAAUUCUUCUGUAUUAGAUCGAUGUUUCUCUUCUGGAAAAACUAAUGAGGAUAAAAUUAUGCAAAGAAAGGUUGCUUCUGCUAAGAAAGGAGUUGUUGUGGAUGAAAAGAACGUGGAUAAAGCCACGGAAUCACCCCCAGUCUCUGAUUUGAUAAAGAGAUUGUUUCCUUCACUGAAAACCAAGAAUGAGUCUGGAUCUGAUCAAGGACUGGGACAAAAGUUUAAAGCUGUGAAUGAUAAACCAAUAGGUGCUGGUAUCCAGUCCAAGUUACUGAAGGAUAAACUGGCAGAAUUAGAACAUGAAAUUGACCAAUUUCGAGCAGAAAAUGCUACAUUGGCCCAACUCCGAAGUGAUAGAGAAAAAGCCAUGGUGGACCUUAGAAAAGAAUUUGAAGACUUUGAACGUAAGAAAACUGAACAGUUAUCUCAAUUUGAGGAAUAUAAAAAAGAAGAAUUAAAACGACUCCAAAAAGAGCGAAUGGUUUUCGAAAAACAUGCUGCUGCAGCAAGGGCAAUCCCUGACAAAAAGGAAAGGCAAGAAAUCCAGGCACUGAAACAGCAGAUUGUUGACUUGCAGGAAGAACUAAAACGAAAAGAAUUAAGGUGGUCAAGUAUUCAUGCAAGACUUCGAAACCAGAUUGAGACACUGACAAAGGAGAACAAAGAGCUUAGAGAUGAAGUUAACGUUAUGGAAAGACUUCGGUUGGAAACUUGGAAGAAAGCUGAAGCAGUAAUUGAAAACAAAAUAGAGAGCACAUCUCCACGUUUAAACAAAACAGAAUUAGCAGUUCGAGCAGAUGGUCAGAAAGACAGAGGCAGAUCUGCACAGAUGGGCAGGAAGAAAACCCCUCGCAUAAUUGAACAGACUACUCCAAGAGAUGUUAAACUCGGACAAGCUGUGAAAUUCUCUGCUCCUACAGAGACCAAAAAUAGCUUGAAAGAAAUGACAUCUUCCAUAUCCCUCACUGAUGUGACUUAUUCUGCAACGGAUAGUAUGACGCAUUCAGAGCUCUCUCAAAAUUUUCCAAACUCUGAUGGAGUUUCAGAACCAGCUGGAUCUACUCUUGAUCCUAAUGCAACUGAGGAUGAAAUUCAAGAAGUGAUGAAGUAUCCAGAUGGAAAGGUUGAACAAGUGUUGAAAAGUGGACGUCACGUAAUUAUUUUUUGUAAUGGUACCCGAAAAGAAAUUAGUGCAGAUGGGAAAACUACUAGAGUGACCUUCUUCAAUGGGGAUGUAAAACAGACAACGUCUGACCAAACGGUGAUAUACUUCUAUGCAGAUGCACAGACAACACACACAACCUAUCCUGACGGUCUAGAAGUUUUGCAGUUCCCAAAUAACCAGAUGGAGAAACAUUACCCAGAUGGGAAAAAGGAAAUCACUUUUCCAGACCAGACCAUUAAAUACUUGUUCACAGAUGGUCAUGAAGAAUGUGUGUUUCCAGAUGGCACGAUAAUACGUUUGCAACCGGAUGGUAACAAGAUUAUUGAAUUUAACAAUGGACAAAGAGAAAUACACACAUCGAGCUACAAAAGACGGGAAUACCCUGACGGAACUGUUAAAACAGUGUAUCUAAAUGGUCAACAGGAAACAAAGUACAGCUCAGGAAGAAUAAGAAUUAAAGACAAGGAAGGCCAUAUAAUCAUGGACAGUAAACCCCAGUUAUUCUAAGUCUUAAAACAUUUAAAACUAUUGUGUUUGAACUCUUUAUUUACACAAUCUAACUGUACUAUAGCUUUCAUAUGCUAGUAUAUUGUUUUCUUCAUGUAAAUACUUGAAUAUUAGAACAAUGUGAGCUAAAUGUCUGUGGAAAAAGUGUGAUGUGCAAGUUUGAAUGUUUAU